AUGUGGACAUUCUCAGACAGAGUUGUGAAUUAUUUAUUGACGAUCGAUUUAACUUCGUCUACAUGUGAUCUGGAGAUAAAUGAAUAUUUAUUAGGUUUAAGUAAUAAAGAAAAGUGGUCGGCAAUGAUGAUUGAUUCAACGACCAAACUUCAAACUGGUUUAUUUUCUGGAAAUCUGAUAGAUUUUGGACAAUAUGAUCAAUGUUUGGCAAUAAAUCAUCAAUCUAAAACACAAGGUGUAAUUAGAGGAAAGCAUUGUAUGGUUUAUGCGAUUACUCAAAAUUUUGAGCAGACUGAGCAUAGAUUAUAUACAGGCAUUGCAAGUGGACUCGGAGAAACAGAAUUGGCUAUAGGAUUUGGUAUUUGCUUACCAUCUUCAUGUAGUGGAAAACAAAUUCGUGAUCAUUUGCAAAAUGUUGUUCGACAAAUGAACGCUACAAUUGCCAAUUAUGAUCCUGAAAUUGUGUGCAAUUCUCUGGAAUCCAUAGAAUUAGACCAUCUUGAUGCAUUUGUGAUAUUCUUUUUUGGGAUUGUUGUCAUCAUAAUUAUUUUAAGCACCUCUUACGACACAUUUGUUAAGCAAGCUCUGAAAGAUAAUGGUACAAAUGUUAUUGAUCCAAAACUGGAUUCGGAUCUUAGGACAUGGUUUGUAGCUUUUAGUUUACGAAGUAAUUGCAAACAAGUUUUCAAUAACACCAGGAAAAGUGAUGUUAAAUGUCUUCAUGGAUUACGAGUUCUAUGUUUAGUAUGGGUGUUAGUUGGUCAUAGGUAUAUGUUGACAUCUAUGUUCCCUGUGGGAAAUUCUACUAUAUUUAAAUCGUGGCUCUACAAUCCAAUCAGCGCCUUCGUUCUAUCAUCACAUUACAGUGUCGACACAUUUUUAGUCUUAAGUGGCUUAUUGACAUGCAGAUCAUAUUUCCGAAAUCAAAAUACAUCAAAAAUACUUUCUACUAAAUAUUUCUACUUACAUCGUUAUAUCCGUCUGACUGCACCUUUGGCACCUGCAAUAUUGCUGGGAGCAACCACCAAAAAUUUGGGACUCGGUUCUGGGCCAAAUUGGAAACCUGUUGCGACCAGGGAAACAGAAAUUUGUCGCAAUCAUUGGUGGUCAGCUUUGCUUCAUAUUCAAAACUAUGUUAAUCCAGAUGAGAUAUGUGUUGGGCAAUCUUGGUACCUUUCUCUGGACGCUCAGUUAUAUCUCAUUUCUCCUGUAAUAUUAUCUGCAUUGAGUAAGUGGCCAAAAAGAGCAAUUAUCGGAUUAAUAUUUCUAAUUAUCAGCAGUAUUAGUUACUGCCUUUUGGUUUCAUAUUUGGAACAUCUUCCAGCAUCUACACUACCUUCAAAUCCAUUAAGACAAGUUCAUCUAUAUCUUCCAACUCAUGCAAGAGCUGCUCCUUGGUUGCUUGGCAUAAUUUUGGGAUAUAAACUCCAUAUUCAAGAAAAACAAGACCAUAAACUUAGUAAGUUAGUCUUUCUAAUUGGAUGGAUUUUAUCUUGUUUGACGAUUUCUGCUAUUAUUUUAAGUACAUGGAUGCUUCAAAAGUAUGAUUUUGAAAUUUGGUCCACUUUGCAUUUGAGCAUUAGUAGAACAGCUUGGGCGUGUGCAACAUGCUGGAUUAUCUACACUUGCCAACUCUCUGAAAAAGGUUGGGUUAAUAAAUUUCUUUCGCAGCGUAUAUUUGAAAUUCUUAGCAAAUUAUCAUACUGCAUGUAUUUACUGCAUUUACAAGUUCAAUUGACCAGCAUAGUCCAACUAUUUUUUGGAGACUUUGUAGUAAUUUUAGCAUUAGCCUUCGUAUGGCAUUUGCUAUUCGAAUUGCCUGUGAAAAAUUUAGAGAGAUGCUAUAUUUAUAGAAAAGUGUUGGAUUCUUCAACAAAACUGCAGGCCGGUCUAUUAGCCGGUAAUAUGGCUGAUUUUGGACAUUAUGAUGAAUGCCUUUCGGUUGAUUCAGGAGACUUUUAUGGUCAACACUGCCUAAUUUAUAUACCUUUGGCAAUUGCCUCACAAAUGACAGGGAUUGAUACACGAGGUUUAUUUAACAGUUCAAGAGAUAUGUGGAAACAUGAAUUGACAAGGCACUUAUCAAGAGAAGGUUUUGGAGCUGCUGAAAUAGGAUUAUCAUAUUGCGUUCCAUCCUCCUGUCGAGGAAGCAAAUUGGGGCAAAUUAUUGCAAAUUCGACUUUACUACAAAAUCCAAUUUUGAAACCAAUCGCAGAUAUUAUCAAAUCCAGUAGAAUUACUGAAGAUUUCUGUCACACAAAAGAAGUUGAGCCUUUUACAACAAUCGAAUACGUGGCUGCGUAA